AUGUCGACAGCAAGGCUUCGUAGUUGCGUCACUUGCAGAAGCCGAAAAGUUCGCUGUGACAAGCAGUCCCCCUGCUCCAAUUGCCGCCGAGCUAAUAUCGCCUGCGUCGUUCCUUCGACAGAUCGUCCACCAAGAUGGGCUCGUCGUCUCGAUCGCAUUACCAAUAAUGCGGCAUCGGCCUCAGACCCGCGAGUUAAUCAAGUGAUGGAGAGACUGCACACUCUUGAGGGCCUCGUCAAGGAGCUGAGUGGCCAGCUCGAACAAGCCAACGCAACCGCCAAUUCAACUGUCGCUAGCUCGUCUGGAGACACUGAACCCCCCCAGGAGAAUUCGUCUAAUACAAGUCCUGCAAAUGUUCAGAAUAAGUUCGGUAGGCUCGUUCUUCAGGACGCGAGCAGUAGUCGCUAUAUUAGCAGUGGUUUUUGGUCUCGUGUGGGCUAUGAACUUGAUGAACUUAAGAUGGACACCAAUGGUCUUCCAGACGAUGAUUCUGACUCUUCGGACGACGACUUGUCAGCUGAGAAGACUACACCAGCUACAUCUACCCAGGAAGCUACACGCACACCCUCUGAACGACACGCCUUCAUGUUCGGGCAUAAUUUAAACCAUUCAGUCCCAAAUCUUGAUGACUUUCGUCCAUUUCCUUCACAAAUUCCUUUCUUAUUGGAUAUUUUCUCCGAAAAUGUUAAUGUCAUACUGCAAAUCGUCCACAUGCCGACUGUUAAAAAGCUAGUUCGGGACUUGCGCACAAGUGACAAAGCUACUCUUACUCCGGCUAAUGAAGCUUUAUUAUUCUCUAUAUACUAUGCAGCAGUAACCUCUAUGGAUGAUCAAGAUGUCAUCACCAACUUCGGCUUCACCAAAACAGAUCUCAAUCUCAGAUAUCGUAUGGGUUUAGAGUAUGCUUUAGCAAAGGCUGAUUUCCUUAACACUCCGAGUGUAGCUUUAACACAGGCACUUACGAUAUUUCUGUUUCUGCUUCGUCUACAUGAAAGCCCCGCUUUUGUCUGGAUGAUGACUGGACUCGCAAUUAGGAUGGCCCAAGCCAUUGGGCUGCACCGCGAUGGAGCUAACUUAAAGCAUCUGAAACCAUAUAAAGUUGAAAUGCGAAGAAGAGUGUGGUGGGCACUGUGUAUGCUAGAUAUUCGAGCAUCCGAGAACCAGGGUACAGAUCUCACCAUUUCAAACGAUAGCUUCGACACCAAGCUCCCCCUCAACAUUAACGAUGCGGAUAUAGACCCCGACUCGGAUCAGCCUCCCACAGAGCGCGAAGGCAUCACGGAUACAUUCUUUGCUCGUAUUAGCUACGAAAGCUGUUAUAUUAUGAGGCAAAUGACCGGUUUGAUCGUCAAGGAUGGCCCGUCCGAUCUGGAAAGACAAAGCCAUAUGCUCAACGAGCUCUACCAGAUUGUUGAGCGAAAUCGAUUGAAAUACUGGACAGAGUCAACCAGCGUCGUGUUCUGGGUCAUGAUUACAUGCACUCGCCUUGUAAUAGCCAAAAUGACCCUUCUAACCUACCUUCCUUCUUUAUUCUUUUCUCCAAACGAGCACUUCUCGGAUGAGGUCAGAGCUAAACUUUUCACUUCUGCUAUUGAGGUGGCGGAGUACAACCACACUUUAAAUUCGGAACCGAAGUGUCGCCAAUGGCGUUGGAUUUUCCUGACUUAUACCCAUUGGUACGCCAUUGUUUAUCUUGCGAUGGAGAUCUCGCGGCGACCGUGGUCACCCAUGGUUGAAAGAGCCUGGGUCGCGCUUCACAGUAGCUGGCUUAUCCCAUCUCGGUUUUACACAGACAAGAAUAUGCGGAUAUGGGUUCCCCUGCGCAAGCUAAUGUCUAAAGCGAAACAACAUCGAGAUUCAGAGUUGGAACGUCUGAGAGCCAACGCAACAGCUGCUAAAGAGCUGGCUGAAAGCAGCGGAAUCCCAGUACCAACAAGCUCUGGCCCUUUUUCCGCUGAAAGUGAUGCUGUUGGUAUCUUUCGAAAUCGUUGGUGGCAGCUCCUCAAUACUCCAGAUUACCAGAAUAUUCCAAUAUCAGCGGUUUAUCAUGGGCUCGAACCCUCAGGAUCAUCAAUUUACAACUCCAACCCACCUCAACUGAAUAUACGCUCAAUGGCUGGGCAACCUCCAAGUCACGCGGCUUCUACCAUGAACUUAGAUCCUACAUAUUUGGGUUCAAACACGGCUCAACCACGUCAAGAACCAGGGACUUUUGGUAUAACCACAUCUGAAAUAACUCUUGAUCAACCCGAGCUCUUACUAGGGCAACUUACCGGGAAAUCAAACAAUCAACUUUCAAACGUGACUGAAGAUUUGCCGUACAGUCAAAAUAUUGAGACUGGCUUCAUGCCUUGGUCAUGGGCAGAUGCUGAGCCGUCAUUUGACUCAGACGCUCAAUUUAAUUGGCUUAAUUGGAUCGAAUCUGCUAAAAGCAUGGAUUGGGAACGAGAUGGCACUAAUUAG